CUUGAUUAGCAAUCACUGCUGCGCCCGAUAGGUGGCAGCGAGCCAGCGAGCCAGCGACCCACCCGACUCUGUUCCAACGAGCCUUCCCUCCCAAACUUGCACGCUGCCCCCGCGCUCGCCUCCGCCCCCGAUCCAGAUCCAGGGUGGAAUAGGGAACGGCCAUACACCAUGGCGGAUUUCUCCAAGGAAUCUUGCCCUUCUGUGAAGAACAUUUUACUUCUGGAUUCUGAAGGAAAGCGUGUUGCUGUAAAGUAUUUCUCAGAUGAUUGGCCGACUAAUGCAUCAAAGUUAGCCUACGAAAAGUCUGUUUUUACUAAAACUCUAAAGACAAAUGCACGGACAGAAGCUGAGAUAACAUUGUUUGAUGGUUAUAUUGUCGUUUACAAGUUUGUACAUGACCUUCACUUUUUUGUCACCGCUGGAGAUGAUGAGAAUGAGCUCAUCUUAGCAAGUGUACUACAUGGUUUUUCUGAUUCUGUUGGUCUUCUACUCAGGGGUGAUGUUGAGAAGCGGACUGCGCUUGAGAACUUGGAUUUGAUACUUCUCUGCAUUGAUGAAAUUGUGGAUGGGGGAAUCAUCCUGGAAACAGAUGCAAACACCAUUGCUGGUAAGGUUGCAACCAAUGCUGUUGAUGGUUCUGUGCCCUUUUCUGAGCAGACGAUAUCUCAGGCACUAGCCACAGCUAGGGAGCACCUUGCAAGAUCUCUACUGAAAUGAACAACCAGCAAUAUGUAUGACAUAUAUGUGUGUUAAAGGUUGGGCUACUGAAUGUUAAGGGUCUUUGUAGUCGUUAUUCAUCCCAAAGUGCUGCUGUGACAGAGCCUAGUUGAAUAUCCGAGGGAUUGGUCACAUGCUCGUUAUUUUUUUUGAACCAGUGAGUUUGUAGCUGCCAUAUUUCAGGUAAAACAUAAAAUAAAGAGUUGUAAUUGGGUGUAAUAUAAUUUUCACCAUACAAAAAAAAUCAUCUCAACUAUCAAACCAUGGUAAAAGGUUCAAAAUUAUCUAUCAAAUGAUUAUCCCUCCAGGUCGGAGGAAGAAUGGAUCCUCCGUCAUUGAAAAGGUAUGGAGGCUUUACUCUUGCUCAUAAUCGGAUCAAAAGAAUCCUUAUUUGUAUUAGUUUUCUUCUAGGUUUAGUCCUACAUCAAGUCAGUUGCCCGAGGCAUCUGAUUGAAAAUGUACUUUAUAGGCCAUAUUUGAUUUUGCUUUCCCCGCACCACGCUUAGAUUCUACAACUCGUGAUUAUUCGAUUCUUGCUUAUAGUUCAACUGGUGAAUUAUCGUUUGGGUAAGAUGCUAAAAUAAUCUAGAUGUUUGAUGGC